CUGCGCGAGUGCCGGGUGUGUGCGCGCCAGCGGACGCAGGGGCCCGCCCGGCUCCCGGCCUGCCCGCCCGCUCGCCGCGGCCCGAACUCAUGCGGCGCGGAGCCCAGCUCGGCCGAACCCCUCCGCAGCAGGCUGCCUGCUGUUUUCCGGGGAGAUCAUGAAACGAGGUCGCCUUCCCAGCAGCAGCGAGGAUUCUGACGACAAUGGCAGCCUGUCAACCACUUGGUCUCAGAAUUCUCGGACCCAGCAUAGGAGAAGCUCCUGCUCCAGACCUGAAGACCGGAAGCCCUCCGAGGUGUUUAGGACAGACCUGAUCACCGCUAUGAAGUUGCACGACUCCUACCAGCUGAACCCGGACGAGUACUACGUGCUGGCAGAUCCCUGGAGACAGGAGUGGGAGAAGGGGGUCCAGGUGCCGGUGAGCCCUGGGACCAUCCCUCAGCCGGUGGCCAGGGUUGUGUCGGAAGAGAAAUCACUCAUGUUCAUCAGGCCCAAGAAAUACAUCGUCUCCUCGGGCUCCGAGCCCCCUGAGCUGGGCUGCGUGGACGUCCGCGCGCUGGCCGACAGCGUCUGCCGCUACGACCUCAAUGACAUGGAUGCCGCCUGGCUGGAGCUGACCAACGAGGAGUUCAAGGAGAUGGGGAUGCCCGAGCUGGACGAGCACACCAUGGAGCGGGUCCUGGAGGAGUUCGAGCAGCGCUGCUACGACAACAUGAGUCACGCCAUUGAGACGGAGGAGGGCCUGGGCAUCGAGUACGAUGAGGACGUCGUGUGUGACGUCUGCCAGUCCCCAGAUGGCGAGGACGGCAAUGAGAUGGUGUUCUGUGACAAGUGCAACAUUUGCGUGCACCAGGCCUGUUACGGAAUCCUCAAGGUCCCCGAGGGCAGCUGGCUGUGCCGGACGUGUGCCCUGGGGGUGCAGCCGAAGUGUUUGCUGUGUCCCAAGAAAGGCGGGGCCAUGAAGCCCACCCGCAGCGGGACCAAGUGGGUCCACGUCAGCUGUGCCCUUUGGAUCCCUGAGGUGAGCAUCGGCAGCCCCGAGAAGAUGGAACCCAUCACGAAGGUGUCCCACAUCCCCAGCAGUCGGUGGGCCCUGGUGUGCAGCCUCUGCAACGAGAAGUUUGGGGCCUCCAUACAGUGCUCUGUGAAGAACUGCCGCACGGCUUUCCACGUGACCUGUGCUUUUGACCGGGGCCUGGAGAUGAAGACCAUCUUGGCAGAGAACGAUGAAGUCAAGUUCAAGUCCUACUGCCCGAAGCACAGCUCCCACAGGAAAGCCGAGGAGAGCCUUGGGGAGGGGGCCGCUCAGGAGAACGGGGGCCCUGAGUGCCCCGCUCGGAAUCCGCUGGAGCCCUUCGCCAGCCUCGAGCAGAAUCAGGAGGAGGCACACCGGGUGAGUGUCCGGAAGCAGAAGCUGCAGCAGCUGGAAGAUGAGUUCUACACCUUCGUCAACCUGCUGGACGUCGCCAGGGCCCUGCGGCUGCCCGAGGAGGUGGUGGACUUCCUGUACCAGUACUGGAAGUUGAAGAGGAAGGUCAACUUCAACAAGCCCCUGAUCACUCCAAAGAAAGACGAAGAGGACAAUCUGGCGAAGCGGGAGCAGGAUGUCUUGUUUAGGAGGCUGCAGCUGUUCACUCACCUGCGGCAGGACCUGGAGAGGGUUCGGAACCUCACUUACAUGGUGACCCGCAGGGAAAAGAUUAAGCGCUCUGUGUGCAAAGUCCAGGAACAGAUAUUCAAUCUUUACACUAAGCUCUUGGAGCAAGAAAGAGUUUCAGGUGUGCCUUCUUCCUCCUGCUCCGCCGCCUCCCUGGAGCGCAUGCUUCUGUUCAACAGCCCCUCUGUGGGCCCCGACGCCCCCAAGAUCGAGGACCUGAAGUGGCACUCUGCGUUCUUCAGGAAGCAGAUGGUUCGUUCGCUGAAAAAGCCCCACAAGCGAGAGGCUCCGCCGGGCAGCACGGGGGGCGCAGGCAAGACCACGCUCCGGCAGCCAGACCCGAGCGCGCGGCGCACGGGCUUGGGGCUCCCCGAGAGCCUUCUGGGCUUGGAGAAGAGCUUCGCGGAGGCGCGUGUCCCGUCAGCGCAGCAGAGAAACGGUGCCCUGUUGCCGGAGCCUGGGAACAGGAGAGAUCACCGGCUCCACUGCGACCUGGGCAAGGGGGACGUCAAGGACAGACCUUUGAAACAGAGCCACAAGCCCCUCAGGCCCACGGACGCAUCCCUGCGGCACCCGGACAGCCCGCGAGCCGCCGCUGCGCCCACAGGGCAGUCGGCGCCGGGCCCAAGGAGGGAGGCGGCGGCCAAGUGCAACGGCUCGCUGCUCCGAGCGACCUACACUCAGACCGCCGUCAAAGUGCCUACGACGCCGGCCAGCCCGGUGAAGAACUGGGGGGGAUUCCGGAUUCCAAAGAAGGGGGAGCGGCAGCAGCAAGGCGAGGCGCCGGAGGGCGCCUGCCACCAGCACGUGGACUACCCGUACCUGGGCCUGGGUCGCGUGCCCGCGCAGGAGAGGGCCAAGAGCAAGUUGAAAGCCGACAAUGAGAAUGACGGGUAUGCCCCCGAUGUGGAAAUGAGCGACUCGGAGAGUGAGGCGUCGGAGAAGAAAUGCCUGCCAGCCAGCAGCACCAUCAGCAGGCGGACAGACAUUAUCCGGAGAAGCAUUUUGGCCUCUUGAUGAAGUAGAGCUGGCCCGGGGCUCUGCGUCCUCGUCACUGGGGUGCCGGACGAUCCCCAACACGGGGGACAAGCGGAAACCCAGCUCUCCUGAGCCACACAGACAUAUUUACUUGCAAUUCAGAUUGAAUUUUUUUUUUUUGUCAUUUAUAAACCGUUGUGAGAAGUGUGUGUUACUUGGAGCUUGUUGAGGAAACACAAGACUAGGUUGUAACUGUAAGACACUGCUAAACUGGAAGCUGAAUUAAACACUAAAAUGAGAAUGAAUGAAAUAAGUUUUCGAAGAGGGCAAGGAUUGCAUAAGCUUCGUCAGUUUUUAUUGCUCUCUGUAUUCUUCCCAAAGCACAAACUCUUGGUUACCUGAAACUACAGAAUCAGAUAUGGUUCUUGAGAAACCCUCACGUACUGUUGAAUAGCCCACAACACUUAUUUUCUAGGACUGGUGGAUCUUGAAGUCAUGUUGAUACUUUGGCCCACAGGCUGUUUUUGUUGCAUAUAGUAUGUAGUCAGCAGCUGUGAAGCUUCAGGAACUCCAGGGAAUUUAUGUGUCAAUAUACUGGAUGGGGAGGAGAGAGUUUUUUUUAAAAAAAGGUCAUCUCUGGAAGAUCUGAAGGGUCAGUGCAGAGCUGCUGCAGCUUGAAUCUAGGGUGAAAGGGGCUCAGCCAUGUUGCCUGAAGCCUGGGCUGUGUAUGUAGGACUGGUGGAGAGAGAAGCCAUUAGGGAGUUCUGUGGAUGAGAAAGGGCAACUGAGGUCCCAUUUUUACCAGUCCUCUUGACUCCCUCUUCCCUAACCAUCGCCUUGGGGGCCAGUUUGGGAUUUCCCUGGCCAUCGGAAGUUCCUGGCCACCUGGCUUCCAACAACACAGUGCUCAUUCAAGUUCAAGUGAUGAACUUCCAGACUCUGGUGACUCGUACUCCCCAGAGCCGGCCACUAGCUAGUGCAUGUGUCAGGGAAUCCAGCUUCCAACGUGAACGGAUUCCUUAAAAAUGAGGAAAAAUGAAAAAAAAAAGGAAAAAAGAGAAAUAGGUUAUAUUUUAAAAACAAUAGAAAGGCAAUAAGUUGCGAUAACCUCUUACCAUUGACUUAAGUUUAUACAGGAAAGAGAUUUAAGUGUAAUAGGUUUCCUGGAGUCAGUUCUAGGCUCUCGUUCGUAACUUGGACUUUCUAAUUGCAAAUGGCAAUAACUCGUAAGUUAUCAGCAAUAAUAAAUUUAGCAUUGAAUUUGAGUACAACGUUCUGUUUUUGCACUCACUGCAGUGCUUAUGUAUUAAGACAGUGGGUAGUGUUAAGGUCCUGUUAAUUUUCUUUGGAUUUCAAUGUAGUUGUGCAUCAAACUUAAGAGAAGGAAAGUUUAAAUAGCAAUGAAAUUGAGAAUUAUGGGCACUUGAAACAAGCCCAGCUUCCCCUAAAUUACCUGGUAGUUUGUUAAUAUCAGUAUUCAGAUUUCUGAUUCAUUUAUACAUGUGUUUCCAUGUGGCAGGGACAUUCUGAUACUUAAUGAAUAAUGCUUUGAGUUCCAUAGUUAACUUUCAAGUCUUCCAGAGGAUUGUCCACAACAAAAAAGGCUUAUUGAAUUCCAUCUUGCUAUGCAAGUUUUAUCAGAUGAUCAAAUAGUAGAUCGGAUGCAUCCCCAUUGUGUGUAUGGCAUUUUCAAACCAAGUCUUAACUUUUUGAAUACAUUGUAGUAGCUAAUUCAGGGGAGGGGAAAGGAUGACCCGGGUUUUUAGAUGGACUAUUUUUGAGCUAUGGGGCUCAUUUUGAAAGACUGCUGUCCAGAUAAGCUGUUGCUACAAAUAUUAGAAGUUUCUUAUGAAUACCAGUUGUCCAUUCACUCAUAGCCUAAUUUAAAAGUCAGAUUUUUUGCAUAUGAGCAAAACCCUUUUGCUGAGUACAGGAGUCCACAAGGUGGACUCUAUGUACAGUUAUCUUCUGACCACAGCGACAGCUCUGGGUGAGAGUAGAGUAGGUGGAGGGGUAAUGUGUCAAGCCAUAGAAAGAAAAUCAGAAUUCUAGGAAGCGAAUGACCUCUCACCAUUUUAGGAGGUACCAGAUUCAUUUGCACUAUUAGGAAUGCUAGUUUUGUGCAAAAAUAAUGCCUUACCUGUUUUUCCCCCACAUUUAGGUUGAAAAGCUUUCAAACGUUCCAAGUUAUGCUGAACCAAAAAAAACACAAAAACAACAUAAAACAAAAAAAUUAAAAAACCCCACAUGAAAACAAAACACACAAAAAUAAAAAGCCCACAACCCUUUUUUCUGCUUUGAAAUGCAAAUGGUAGAGCUGAGUUUUUCAGACAGUGGAAGGACAGCUUUGUGAGUUAGUCUCCUGUCCUGCUGGGGACGCUGGACAAGGCCAACACGCAGCAGCCCACUGGAUCUAUCCACUCGCACUCUCCUAGUGGGGUACCAUUUGUUCUUUUCUUUCUUUUUAAGCUUUAUCUUUCCUUGUGCAUCCUGACCAAGAAAUAUCUUUGAUUAUGAUCAAUGUUUAUGUCAAUGUAGGCUAGUUAAACUUUUGUAAAGUUGCCUGGAAUGUCAUUUGUUAGGUUAUAAACACAAAUCUCAAUGAAGGGUUCUAUGUGUUGUGUACAAAUCUUAAUUAUUUUGAAAUGGACAAACCUGUCAUUACAUUUGUAAUCUUGUACAGAGAAUUUUUCACUAUGUGCCUAGCUUGGUGUCCAUUCAGCGAAAAUUGAAAAAAAAAAGGUGCAUGAAGAGUUAAAAAUCAGAAAUUAAACAAAGUAUAUGUAGAGAUAACUAUUUUAUAUGACAUGGCCCAAUCCUGUAUUUAUUUCUACCCCUUUUUUGAAAGUAUUUAUAAAACUAGUUGAGGACAGCUGUAUUUUUUUGUUGAACUAUUUAGUAGAAUUUGUGCCUUUUUGUCUGUAUGUGAA